AUGCAGCCUCGCCAGGUGGACUCCGUAAUGCAUUUGAUCGAUCAGUUUUGUCCGGAUAAGGUAAACGAGAUCGACCGCGAUGCCUUUGGUGCCGCCCUGGAAGCUAAUCCUUUUACAUGCAUUGUCAAAUUAAACGAUCUCGAGGAGGAGGAAGAGGAGGACGAUACCGUGAAUAAUCAUCCUAAUAAACGAAAAGAAGAAGCGAAGGAGGAGGAGGAAGAGGAGGUUUAUGGACUUGCAUCGGCUUUUGAUCUAAACUAUGAGCUUCGUUCGCAUCCCAAGGCGUUUAAACCGCUUUGUGAUAUUUUGAAAAACACGAUUUGGCGAGUGAUUUUGCCUGGCAUUCCCCCGACUGAUCUUUUACUUUCUACCAUUGCUUCCACCCCUGAUGAAAGCGAAUGCAUGGCUCAAUAUCGUCUGUUUAUCAUGGAGUACGUUCGCAAUGUGCCGCUCGAGCUCACAGUGGAGAUUAUGGAGGAUUUAAUACGUCGUGUGGAGGAGGAAAAUAAUAAUAUUAAUAAUAGUAAUACUAAUCACACGCAACCUUUGAAAAAGGCGCACACCAUUCCCCCCCCGUGCGGGUUUGCCCUAUUAGCUAAAAUCCAGCGCGCGAAGCAGGCAUCCGCUGGUAAACCCCCGAAUGCCGAUAAAUCGCGUAAAAUGAAAGAAAAGGCGCGAGAUUCACAGGCAGCCUCCGCGGUAGAGGAUAAUACGUUUGACCUUUCACAGUUUAUCUUCUGGCGGGAGGAGGAGGAGGUUUUAUUUCGACAUCGCGAUCAGCGAAUCGCGACGUGGGCGUAUCGUUGUCGUCCGCAGUACAUUGAGCAGCCUACGCAGGAGAUCCCGAUUUCCUUGCUCUUCAUAAUUAAACCUGAGUCGAUGAAGAAGGCUGUCGAGGAGAUUAAAAAACAUGCAAGCACACUUGCCGACAUUGUUCACUUUUAG